AUGGAGGAUCAACCAGAUGAUGAUUCAGUCACAAUUGUAUCUAUGCCUGGUACUGCCGCUAGUGUUAGUGAUCUGGCUAAUCAUGAUGACCUCGAAAGUGAGAGCUUUUUUACCGCAACGGCCUCCGAAAAUUAUGCGAGAUCAGAUGAGAUUAGCAAUUUACGUCAAGAAAUAGACGAGCUAAAAGGGACAAUUGAAAAUCUUCAAACUCAUAUUGGAACUCUAUUUCAAAAAUACAACCUACUUGAUAAUGAAGUUUCAAAAAUAAAGAAUGAUCAACCUAAGGCCAGUGACAAUGAAAUGAACGCAUUGCUAAUGCUGAAGGCAUUUCAAAAUGGAUCAAAAACAUACGACCUUCCGCUCAUAAGAAAAGAGAAUGUGACAGUGAUGCUUGAAAAUUGGUCGUUCGAAUACAAAAUGUUGGACCAAGAUCAAACAAUGCCCCAACCUGCUCAAGUUUCUAUCAAAUUCGGAGGAAAUUUCAAGAAAGCCUCAUUCAUACUGAAGGGGAAAAGCAAGAAAGGAAAAUUGCUAGAGUCGGCCUCUCUACAAGAAUUUGAUCCACUGUCUACUGCUAUCGUAACUUUUGGAAAGAAGUUUCCACAAAAGAAAGUAGAGCUGUCUGUUACGCUUCAAUAUUGA